UUCAAACCUGACAUCCGGAAUAACAAUUCAUUUGCUUAUAGAAAGUUAUAUGCUAGAUAUGCAGUAUUUGAUACCAAUACUGGUUCUAUUCAACUGUCUUAUAAUACAAGGUGUUCGGGAUUGGAGAAUUGUUGGAAAGGUAACAGAUUAUGGACAAAAUGUGACAUUAUUUUGCAAUGUUCCAAAUUGCUAUCCCAAAAAUUCUGGUUGGUAUAGGUGGACAUCGAAACAUGACAAACUGCUGAUUAAUAUCAAAUCAGGCUUUCUUUACAACAAGUAUGAUGGAAAGGUGUUGAAGGAUGGAUUUACCUUAGUUAUUCAGAAUCUGACUACAAAUGAUCUUAAUGUUUGGUAUUCCUGUGUGUAUGAAUCAAUUAUAGGUGAAAGAAAAUAUCUACAGGAAGAGGAUGUUUUCGCCUUCGAUCCUAACACAACAAUAGAAUCAACAGCAAAGAAUAAGACAGCAUGUCAACAGUUACGAUUGUCAUCGAUAGAGUUCUCUUCUCAUGUUCCCGAAUGUACCACAACUGGUGAAUAUAAAAAACGACAGUGUGAAGGAAGAGUUGGGACUAAAACAUGUUGGUGUGUUGAUUCAAACGGAAGACAAAUACCAGGAUCACAAAUGAUGGAACCUGGAUUUCCAGAUUGUGAUGGUGGUUUUCCAUCAUGGAGUUUCUCAUCGAAUCCAAAACCUUUCGGUAAAAAUUUUGAUUUGACUUGUUCACUGUCUGUCACGAAUAGGAAGGAUAACAUACAAUCAAAAAGAGAUGGUAGCAUUAACAUUAAUGUUUUAGGGGGUGAACCUGUAAACGAUAUAAACCAAUUAGGAAAGCGGCAUACAUUUCAGCGAAUGUAUACAUUAACCACUUCUGUUUACGAUAACGAUGGAGUCAAUGUUCAGUACGAGUGUGGCCAUGGUAACACAAGAUAUGCGCAUGUACUGAAUGUGACAAUUGAAUCAUAUGAGUAUACCGAUAAUGUCAAUAGUUUUCACCAGUUAGUCAACACUGAAGAAGAUUUGUUUUCGAUUACAUUUAGAAAUUAUACACAGAUUCCGCAGUGUUCAGUGGCUUAUGGGCAAACAGAUUAUUCGAAGCAACUUAAAUCUACACCCGAUUCACGAAGUCAAGCUCACAAAAUAUAUCUUUCAGUAACAGCUAUCAAAUCAAAGUGUCCAAAUACACUGAUAAUCACAUGUGAAAUUGGAACAAGAAGACUAGUCAACACCUUGCAACCAGAUAAUGCGGAUUGUCUGCAUGCCACAUUAAAAAACCCACAAGGACUCCAGGGAAAAGACAAAGACCAGACUCUUGGAAUCGUUGGAUUUUAUAUAUUUAUGAUAGUGUUUGUAGCCGUUGUUGGUAGCUGUAUUGUUUAUAUAGUCGUCAUGGAAUGUAAACGAUUUUUUAAGAGACGUCUCGACAGGUUUUGAGAUUAACAUUUUGUUUACUGUGAGACAAUAACCGUUUAACGGGUAUAUAUAUAAAUUGAUAUUAUUGACCUGAACAUGAAUACAUCAUAGAAUAUAAUAAAACUAUUACAAUAGA